CAGCUAGCGAGCUGGGAGCCGCAAGACUGGCUGACAGCUGCCCGGCGGCUAGCUGGUGCCCUUUGCGUUUGGAGGCGAGGGAGGGCGGAGUGGCCGCAGAGGAUUGCCCCCUUGAGUAGACCCUUGGCGAGCGCCUCCUAUUCUACAUCUCCCUCAUCAUGCUGCCCUUUGGAGUGGGCAAUUCCUUAUUUUCCAAUUCCUUAUCCCUGGAGGAGCAGCUUUUCAACUACAUUGAUGAACAUCAGGAUGAAUUUGUUCAGAAACUUAAGGAAUGGGUGGCUGUGGAGAGUGAUCCGCAACAGCCACACCUAAGAGCAAAAGUCAUACAAAUGGUCAAGAUAGCUGCAGCCAGUCUUGAAGACUUAGGAGCUGUUGUGACGCUCAGCGAUACGGGCAUUCAACAGCUGUCUGAUGGUCAGAAUAUUCCAUUACCUCCCAUCAUUCUGGCAAAGUUUGGGGAUGAUCCACAGAAGCCAACCGUGUGUUUUUACGGACAUGUAGAUGUGAUGCCAGCUAAAAGUCAAGAUGGAUGGAAAACCCAUCCUUUCAGUCUAACAGAAAUUGAUGGAAAUCUGUAUGGGCGUGGAGCAACUGAUAACAAAGGACCUGUCUUAGCUUGGAUAAAUGCUGUGAGCACAUUCAAAGCACUAAACAUAGAUUUACCAGUAAACAUCAAAUUUCUUAUUGAAGGCAUGGAAGAAGCAGGAUCCAUUGGAUUGGAAAAAUUGGUUGAAAAAGAAAAUGAGCAAUUUUUCUCCAGUGUUGACUAUAUUGUGAUUUCAGAUAAUACUUGGCUCACAAAAACAAAACCAGCUCUUACAUAUGGAGCUAGAGGAAAUGCCUGCUUCUCAGUGAAGGUAGAAGGUGGUGAAAAAGAUCUUCAUUCAGGAAGUGCAGGUGGCAUCCUCCAUGAACCCAUGUCUGAUUUGGUAGCUCUGCUUGACAGUCUUGUGAAUUCAUCUGGACGUAUUCUGAUCCCCGGAAUGUAUGAUGAUGUGGCUCCAUUUACACAGGAAGAUAAAAAGCAAUAUGAGUUAAUAGAAUUUGAUACACAAGAACAUAAAUCAAAUCUUGGAGUAAAGGAAUUCCUCUAUGAUACCAAGGAGAAAAUACUCUUACAUAUGUGGCACUUGCCAUGUCUCUCUAUUCAUGGGAUAGAGGGAGCUUUUUACGAACCAGGUAUGAAAACGGUUAUACCAUCAAGAGUCAUAGGAAAGUUUUCAAUCCGGCAAGUCCCUCAUAUGGACCUGUCUAAAGUGGAACAUCAGGUGAAAAAACAUUUAGAAAAUGUAUUCUCUAACCGAAGAAGUCCAAAUAAACUGACAGUGUCUAUGGAAUUGGGUGCAAAGCCCUGGAUUGCCAAUAUUAAUGAUCCUCAGUAUACAGCUGCUAAAAAGGCAAUCAGAAAAGUUUUUAACCAGGAUCCAGACAUGAUCCGGGAUGGAUCAACAAUUCCAAUUGCUGGGGUCCUUCAGAAUAUAACGAGGAAGAGUGUGAUGAUGCUUCCAAUUGGUGCAGUGGAUGAUGGGGAGCAUUCCCAGAAAGAGAAAAUAAGCAGAUUCAACUAUAUCAAUGGAACAAAGAUGUUUGUCUCCUUUUUACUGGAGAUUUCAAAACUUCAAGCCUCCCAUUUGAAAGUGGUGAUAUGAUGGUGCAUAAAACUACAAUCUUAUUAGUUUCAUGUUUGUAUUGGGUAUGGUUGCAGCUCCAAAUGCAUAUAAUGAUGCUGUAUGAAUCUUUCCAGAAAUAUAUUUUCAGACUGACAAAUC